UGCUGUAUUCCACCACUUAAUCACUUUUUUUUAUAGAACUGCUAAAAUGUCCAACAAGGCUAAAAUGUUAUCGUUUUACCUUAUUUAUUUUGGGAUUCUUGGUACCAUGGAUUUAAUCACCUCAUACAACUUUUGAGUUUUUCAAGCCAUAUUAAUGAAACUUGCCAUAAAAGAAAUUGAUUAGUGUGUUUGCUGACGUCAGCCAGUUGUUAUGAUGCCAUCGUUAUUCCAAGAACACGUAUUCUCACUGGUGACUAUCAUGUAAAUUUUGUUUACUGAAGGUUAAUUUUAUAAUUUACUCUUUAUGAUAUUAUCUUUUGAAGCAAUACAGAGUUAAAACAAUGCUAAAAAUUAAAAUUUUUUUUGAGACCGCGCCAAAAAGUUGUUAAAACAACCUGAAAAAUUGUUUUCAUGACAGUUAUCAAAUAAAAACUGGGAACAUUAGGGUGUAAAAAUGUAUAUGUGGUUACAUUGGUUUGUGUUAUAGUUAAUCUUAAGGAUUAUAAAAAGUCCAGUUCCGAAAUUUAUAAAAAAUUACCUUCCUUUUGCCACACCUUCGGGAAGGAUUGAAAAUCGGAUAUAAAAUGAUUUUUUGCUUGAUUUUUUCUUUACCCUAUCAACUUAAAAGCACUGGUGUAAUUAUUGCACAUGAGAAAAUGUUAUUCCUCAGUUUAUAUUAACAAUGUCAAAUAUAUAUACAUGGACAUUUAGUGAAUAAAUUAUAUUAUUUAUUCCAUGAAAGCAGUCCAGAGUUACUUUGCUUUUUGUGUUUUCAUUCGAACAAUGGCUUGGCGUUCCCAUGGAAGAGACAACAAUGACUUGAUUAAUCAAUUGAGGAAGUACGACGUGUUGACAUCAAAGAGAGUGGAGGAUGCAAUGAGAAAAGUAAAUCGGGAACAUUAUAGUCAUCGAAAUCCAUUUGUGGACUCACCACAGCCAAUAGGUUACUCUGUGACUAUCAGUGCUCCACAUAUGCAUGUUCAUGCUCUGCAGCAUUUGGAAAAUCAUCUAAAAGAAGGAAUGUCUGCGUUGGAUGUUGGUUCUGGUAGCGGUUAUCUUACUGCUUGUAUGGGUUAUAUGGUUGGUUCAACAGGAAAGGUUCAUGGAAUUGAUCAUAUUUCAGAACUUGUUGAAGAAUCAAUAGCUAAUGUUGAGAAAGGGAAUAAAGAUCUGUUAUCCAGUGGUAUCGUGGAGCUUCAUACUGGUGAUGGUCGACAGGGGUAUGAACCAGGUGCACCAUAUGACGCAAUACACGUCGGAGCAGCAGCACCCACUCUUCCACAAGCUUUAAUAGACCAAUUGAAAAGAGGAGGACGUUUGAUAAUACCUGUUGGACCAGAAGGUGGAAACCAAGAGUUGGUCCAGUAUGACAAGCAAGCAGACGGUUCGAUUAAAAAGCAAGUUCUCAUGGGUGUUAUCUACGUUCCGCUUACUGAUAAAAACCGCCAGUGGAGAGGACCAUAACAUCUGCAAAGAUGUAUCAGAGAAUGACGGUUUAAAGAAGAGAAUAAACUACCUAUCGGAAGAGUAACAAGACAAAAAUCUGAUAGUCUUUACAGUUGAAUCCAUGUUGGCGUAGUUUACUAUAAACUUUUCGUGAUACAACUGGUUUGUAUCUAUAUCUUACUGAUUAUAAAAGAUGCUUUUAUUUA